UAAUAUCCAAAGAUCUAGGGUCUUCUCCUCUUACACAAUACGCUAGAAAUCAAACUUGACAAGGUCAAACUUUGACCUAGCUGAUGUCUUCCGAAUUGAGCGAAGUGCAUGUUACUUUCUGUUCAUACGAAAUUACAAACAUUAACAAAAAAAAAUGAAAGAAAAAACAUUUGGCCGCUAGGUGGGGCUUUAAUCUAUCCGAGAUGGUGAUGCUUCGAAGUCUCCUCUCUUAUCAGCGCCUGGAGGCGUGCAAGGGCUAAACCCAGAAUCCCCAAUCAUCAUGGAUACAAUAUUCGUCCACCUUCUCCUCCUCUCGUUUAUGAUACUUCGUCCCAUAGCCAUCGCCGCCGACGUACCUGAGUCCGACACGCUCGGCAAGGGCCGCAACAUCACCGACGGCGAGACGCUCGUCUCAGCCGACGGGACGUUCACCUUGGGAUUCUUCUCUCCCGGGGCGUCGACCAAGAGAUACCUCGGCAUCUGGUUCUCGGCGUCCAGUGUCGCCGUCUGCUGGGUGGCGAACGGUGGCCGCCCUGUGAAUGGCAACUCCGGCGUGCUGGUCGUCAGAGACACGGGAAGCCUUCUGCUUCUAGACGGCUCUGGCCAGACCAUAUGGUCGUCGAACUCCACCAGCUCAUCGUCAUCAGCGGAGGCGCAGCUCCUCAACUCCGGCAACCUCGUCGUCCGCGACGGAGGCAGCAGCAGCAGCAGCGACGCCAUCCUGUGGCAAUCGUUCGAUCACCCGUCGAACACCCUGCUGUCCGGCAUGAAGCUGGGCAAGAACAAGUGGACCGGCGCCGAGUGGUACCUCACGUCGUGGCGCUCGGCCGACGACCCGUCGCCGGGGGCCUACCGCCGCGCGCUGGACACCAGCGGGCUGCCCGAGCUUGUGGUGUGGGAGGGCAACGUCAGGACCUACCGCACCGGCCCGUGGAACGGCCGGUGGUUCAGCGGCGUCCCGGAGGUGUCGGCGUACAGGAACUUGAUCUGGUACCAGGUGACGACAAGCCCAGCGGAGGUAUCCUACGGCUACACCUCCAACCCCGGUGCCGCAUUGACCCGUGUCGUGCUGACCGACGCCGGCGUGGCCAAGCGCCUGGUGUGGGACGCGGGCGCCCGGACGUGGCAGACCUUCUUCCAGGGCCCCAGGGACGUCUGCGACGCCUACGGCAAGUGCGGGGCGUUCGGGCUGUGCGACGCCGGCGCGGCGUCGACGUGGUUCUGCACCUGCCUCACGGGGUUCAGCCCGGCGUCGCCGCCCGCGUGGUCCUUGAGGGACACCUCAGGCGGAUGCAAGCGGAACGUGAAGCUGGACUGUGCCAAUAACGGGAGUGGGACGACGACGACGACAGACGGUUUCCUGUUGGUCCGCGGAGUGAAGCUACCGGACACACACAACGCGACGGUGGACAUGAGCAUCACGGUGGAGGACUGCGCGGCGAGGUGCCUCGCCAACUGCUCGUGCUUGGCCUACGCCGCCGCAGAUAUCCGCGGCGGCGACGUCCGUAGCGGCUGCGUGAUGUGGACGGAUGACAUCGUCGACCUCCGAUACGUGGACAAAGGGCAAGAUCUCUACCUGAGGCUGGCCAGGUCCGAGCUGCCGGCGGCGGCGGGGCCCUCGCCGCAACGGCCGUUUCGUACCGCACCAGUUGUUGGUGCUUCCGCAGCUGCCGUCGCCGUGGUUCUUAUUGUUCUGUCGGUCGUGCUUGUGAUUAGGCGGCGCCGGCGACCAAUAAUCCCAGCUGCUCAGAGUGCCUCUCCGAGUGUCCCUUCUACUGAACUGCGCAGACCUCCGUCAGUCCCUUCUGUUGACCUGUCUAGUUUGAGGAGGGCUACAAAUGAUUUCUCUGCAGACAAUGUCAUUGGGCGUGGAGGAUUCAGCACCGUAUUUGAGGGCAAUUUAGCUGAUGGUACCAAGGUUGCCGUGAAGAGGCUCACACAAUCUUACCUUACCGAUGGAGGUGGUGAGACUUUCAUGAGAGAAGUGGAAGUGAUGUCAGAGCUCAAGCACGAGAACCUCGCUCGUCUCCUUGCUUACUGCAAGGACGGAAAUGAGCGGAUACUGGUCUACGAGUACAUGGAGAACAGGAGCUUGAACCUAUGCAUAUUCGCAAGAGACGCCAACCAACGCGCUGUGUUGAACUGGGAGCGGAGGCUGGAGAUCAUCGUAGGAGUCGCCAGAGGCGUUGCUUAUCUGCACGGACUAAGCAAGGUGGUGAUACACAGGGAUCUGAAACCGUCCAACGUGCUCUUGGACGGAAACUGGAGAGCAAAAAUUGCAGAUUUUGGCACCGCCAAAGUGUUCGUCGAUGGCCAGACGAAUCCGACACUGGUACAGACAGAGGCUCCAGAGUACACGGCGCGAGGGCCGAGCCUGACGCUGAAGUGCGACGUGUAUAGCUUUGGAGUCGUCCUGAUCGAGAUCGUCAGUGGCCAAAGGAACAGCAGCAACCAGACGCUCGUUUCCGAUGCACGGGAGUCUUGGAGCCAGAAUAAGAUCAAGGAGAACCUUCUGGAUCCAGCCGUGGGCCAGCCGGGGCCAGAGAUCCUCCUUCGGCUGGAGAGGUGCGUGCAGGUCGGCCUUCUCUGCGUGCAGCAGUCGCCAGCUGACAGGCCAUCCAUGGCUGAAGUAGUCGCGAUGCUGACGGUGAACGGCACCAGCAGCUCGCAGAUCCGUUCGCACCGCAGUGCCGCUGCCGCUGCCGCCGCCACUCCUCUCGCGACGCAGGACGCGUCGUCUGGAGCACACGGCGACUCCAUCUAUCUCACGUAGACGGCGAAGCAAAAGCCCACGACGACUCCAUCUAUCAUUCUCACGUAGACGACGACGAAGCACGCGGCGACUCCAUUCAUCUCGAUUUCUGAUCUUGGAGUUGGAUCUGUCACGGCGGUAUUGGUUAGUGGUACACGAUUACACGAGCAUUGCAGUUGCAGGAAGCAGCAGCAAAAGUAUAUAUACUAGCGAAUUCAUGUAUGUUGCUGGAAUAUUACCAAAAACUUCAUGUUCAUGGGAACUUUUACAAAAGAGUAGUGUUGUUGUUGUAUAGCAGAUCAGGCAUCAGCAGUUCUUUCCCUGUUUAUUUUUCUCUGUUAGUUAGUUAAUCCUGUGCAUUAUUUGCAUUCACAUUCA